GCUCCCACAUUGAUACACGCGUGGACAUCAAACUAAACACAGACCAUGCGAAGUGGCCAAUAGGAACACACUGGCACACACACACACACUAAAAUACCUGUUGAGGAGGAAAAAAGGGGGGGGGGCACUAUUAAUAUAGUCGUACAGGUGCUAUGGUACUGCUAGACAGACCGACCUGAAGUAUUUACACGUGAAAUUCUUUUCUACCGGUUUGACUGGAGUAUUAUUAUAAACUUAACUAGAUCUAGAUUCUAGAUACAGAUCUCGAUUCGUAGCCUUGGAGUAUUCUUUGUCUUUGGAUUUCUUUGGAUAUCAGCAGAAAAGGUGAAGAGUUCAAAAUGGGUAACAAACUUAGUAGUCGAAGAUGUAAAUCAAACUCAGAUGCUAUUGUUAUGCGACAAAAGUCUCUGCAGUUAUUAGAAGAAAGAGCAUUGAGUCUAGACGCCAAUGAAGAUGAGUGUAAGGACUAUCUUGAAACACCUUUUGUGAAAAGAGAGCUGCAACGAACUCCAUCCAUCUUUGAUCAAGUCGACAAGGAGGCUACGCUUGUCAGAAUAGAAGACUACAAUUACCCUUUUGAAAACUUGAUCUUUGAAGGUGGUGGGAACAAGGGCUUGGCCUACGUUGGAAGUAUAAGAUGUCUAGAAGAGUUGGGACUGAUGAAACAAAUAAAGAGAGUGGCUGGAAGCAGUGCAGGGGCCAUAACUGCUGCUCUAGUUGCUUUGGGCUAUAACUCCAGAGACAUUGAGGACUUCUUAUCAGACAACAUUGAAGAAGUAUUUCUUGAUCAUUCUUGUGGCUAUCUUAGUCUACUGCCAAAUCUCUUGAGGCGGUUUGGAUGGAACCCAGGCAAGGCUAUAUACAAAUGGUUUGGAGAUAAGAUACAGAAGAAAUCCGCAGAGAAGAAUCCAGAUAUGACAUUUUAUGAUUUGUAUAAAGAAAGGAAUAUGGAGCUGUGUGUUGUGGUGACCAAUCUGAAUCAAAUGAGAGCAGAAUACUGUCAUAUCAAGACUACCCCAGACAUGCCUAUCAGAGAAGCCUUGCGAAUGUCCAUGGCUAUUCCAGGGAUCUUCAGUGCUAGAGUUUAUGAUAAUCAUGGUCAGAAAGACACUUAUGUUGAUGGUGGAGUGCUGUGCAAUUAUCCUAUUCAUUGUUAUGACGGAUGGUAUCUUUCACUGACACCAGAAGAUUCAUUCCUUCAAAAAAUGACUCCACUUAAAGAUUUGCCUUAUAUCAUGUCCAGACGGUUUGAACAAAUUAAUGAGAAAAGUCUUGGAUUUUUAUUGUAUGAUGAUACUGAGAUGGAAGUAAUGCGUUUUAACCUUGAAAGACGAGUCGGCUCAACAGAACCCAUAGAACCUUCUGAAGAAACAAAGCUUUAUAAGAAAAAACAGGACAAGAAAAAGAUUGCAGUCAAUGCUCAACGGGAACAUAACAGGACAGUCCGAGCUGUAGAUGCAUUUAUGAAUGUUUUAAAAAAGUAUAAUCUAACAGAAAUAGAAUUCAUUGAUAAAAAUGAGUUGGCAAGUGCGUUACAAGAUAAAGAAUUGUUUCCAGAUGAGUAUUCCACUCUACUGUUUGGUCCAGAUAUUGAUGUAGACAAAGCCUUCAGUAUACUUGACAAAGAUGGAAAUGGCAGGAUAGCGUUCAUUGAAUUAGUUCAGUUUAUUGAAGCUCAUGGCAUAAGGAUGCAGACAAGGUUCCAGGGCUAUGGUAGGAGAGAAGUGGAUACUUUUUUCCAGUUCCUGUCAGCGCUGCAGAGUACUCUUUUAACAAAUUUAAAAUUUGUAUUUGUAAAAACCAAUGAUGAAGACAGAACAGUGGGUAUCAAUACUGGUCAUGUUGGAACAUCUGACUAUGUUCUAGAGGAGGCAGAUAGAGACUUUGUUGUUAAGCGAGGAUACAACGCUACCAGAGCUUUCCUUAAGUAUUAUGUUGCUGACAAGAAACUGGAGAAGAGACCAGACUGGCAAGUGUGUAGCAAGCUGCCAUCUGCUAUUGAAGAAGUAGAGGAGGUCGAUGGUGCUAGUCCUUCAAAAUCACUUAUGACUGAAACCACUGCUUUGCUCAAGAAAAAAAACUAGUUCAUACAAGUUGGAAACUACAAGGCUAUGAUCUACAGAACCAAAUCUUUGUCCCUCAUAAAGUAUUAAUGAAUAUUUAUUAAUUUAUUGUAAUAUUUAUUCAGUUACCAGCUGUAAUCUAUUACAUGUAAGUUUAAAUCAACUUGGUGAGUUGGUACCAAAUAUAUAACUCAUUUAGACUUCUGAUUCUUUUGAUUCUUUGUAAGCAUUUUAUUUGAGCACUAAUGCUGGUGACAUUUAAAAAAAAUUAUUGUUCUAGCCACCAUAUACAUUAUAGACCUACAACUAGCAGCAUACACUUUUUUAAUGAGAGGAAAUGCUUGAACUAUUUGUGGUGAUGAGCUUUGAAAUGGUUUAUUUUAAAUGGAAUAUUGAAAUGGUUUACUGGUAGUGCAUUGAACCUUAAUGUUUAAUAAAAUUAAUGCCUACAAGAAAACUUUGAAAUAUACAGCCUGAGAGAUGGAGAUAUAGAGGCUUAAAUGGGUCUAGAUGACCUCGUCCAAAUUGCAGUAUUAGCAUAUGUCUCAAUUCUCAAUAAUGUAUUACCUAUUUAACCCUUUCGGCCCACAAUUUCAGGGUCAACUUUCUUUUUUUUAAAAUUCAAGUUGUCAAAAGUGUUAUUUAUGGAUUUUAAGGCUAUACUCCCUAGCCACUAUGUCUUUACUUUGAUACAUUUGCUUAAGAUCCUUUUUAUCAAAUAAAUAUAUAGGCAGAGCCAUUGAUUAUGUGAUUUGGUGAUUCCCAAACUGUUGGCCAGAAUAUGGUGGCAAAGGAAGUGACCCAAUUUUUUUUUUUCAUAUUCUGUACUACAAAGUCGAUGUACUAAAAAUGAAUAUAAAGGAUCUGAUAUAGCAGUGAUUCCCAAACUUUUUUUUAAUAAACACUUUGCACAUGUCUGAGUAUUUAGCAGAACACUUCUUAAUUUUUUAGAGAGAUUAAUUUAUGUGGUGGCUUACUAGUUAAGUAUUCCAGUAGUUCGUGGAACACCUCUUCAGGUCUGGCAGAACUCUAGGGUUUUGUUGACCACAGUUUGGGAAACACUGUCAUAGAGCGUACAUGUUUUGUACAGAGAUUGUUGUAAAUGAACUUGCUCUCUAGUAAUGCAUUUAAAAGUUGUUUUUUUUUUGUCUACUAGAUUAGGAUGAUCCUUCACUUCUUCUUCUUCAUUCUCAGGAUGUUCUUUCACACCUAAAGGUUAUUAUGACCCAGGCCUAAUUUCCCUCAGGAUAGUGGGGGAACGGUGGCAGGGAUAGGUUCAACCAUGGGACCAUCAACAGUCCAGAGCGCAUACCACACAACGAGACAGCCUUUCUGAAGUUUACAUUGAUUAAAGAAGGGUUUAUUUUUUUGUUGUGCAAUGGAACAAGAAAAUAUUACAGAAUUAUUCUAAAGAAAGCAUUGCCAAGAAAAUAUCUUUUUUUUUUUAAAUAAAAAAUUGGUUGUCUAGAAUUGCAUACUGCUGCUCCACAUAAAAGCGUAACCUUCCGUUAUUUUAAAGGUGCAAGCUAAAUGCACUAAAAAAGGUGAUAGAAUAUUAGUAGGACUGAAGGAGCAAGUGUUGGAUAUUAAUAUUUGAUUGUAAUGGUGUGUACAAUUGUUUCAUAGGCUCAUUAUUUUAAAUAUUUAAAUGCACAAGGAAGUAUGUUGCUCAAUGGAAACAAUCUUUUAAAGUUAUAUUUUUAACUAUUCGAUUGAAAGUAUGUAACAAACAAUACAUAAUGGCUAUUCAUAAUGUAUAACCUAGUUAUAUAAUUAUAUUCAUGACCUGUACAAUUUUCAUUGCCAGUCAUAAAUAGAAUAGUACACUCUUUCAUUUGUAACAACUUAUAAUAAUAAUAACAAGAAACUAUUAAUAACAAUUAGAUUACUCUGAUGAGAAGAAAAUCACCUUGUACUCUUGAAGUCUGACCAUAUAUGGAACUCUUGCGAACUCUGACCUUAUAUAAUGGCAGAAAAGGGAUGUAACUUGAGCUUAAUGUUGUCUGUAGCUGUUUCAAGAAAUAUUGCUUAUCUUCCCCUUGAGCUUCAUUCCCCAUUGCCAAACUAAUCCUUUGCUGCAUUACACAUGUUUUGAAGAAAUAUGUUGUAUACUUUUUUUUAUUUAUGUUGUAUAGUCAUGAUAAACAAGAAAGCCAGUGUGUUCAUAGAUAUUGUACAAGAUGAGAAUGUGGCCUGUACAUUUUUCAAAGUGAAAGAUGUCUGUAUUGUGUCCACCUAACCCUUCACCAGAUAUGUCCAGUGGCAGUCUGGACAUUUGAAGCUGGUUGGAGGUGCAGUCCAUGACCAAUGCUCUUUGCAUGUUACAUAUAGCUCAUAGCUCUAAAUGUUUCAGCUAUGUCACUUCAUAGCCCGUACAGUCAGGUCCAGAUUUAGGGGUAGGUAGGUGGAGCCCCCAAAAUAGAUCAAUUUUAGUAGAUCAUCAACUUAUAAGGUUUUAUUUUUGGUCCAAGGUUUGUUUUUCGCAUGGAAACACUGUCAUUGUUAAGUAGUGUCCCCUUGUAGCAUGCCCUUAAUACAUGAAUGCAGCUCCAGUUUCAUGGCAGCGUGUCAGCCCAGGGUCUUACCCUCCGCAAACUAAAAACUAUACUUUAAAAAAACCCCACUAAAAUAUGCAUAUUAAAUAUAUUUUGAAAAGAAAGAAAAAAUGAGAUUAAAUUUACAACUACUCUAUUUAUUUCAUCUAAAAUAGGCUUGACAUAUUUUUUUUUAAGCUAUAACUAUUAUUAUUAAUAAGUGGAUUUUCAUUAAUGUUUUCAUAAAUGUCCUGGGGUUCCAUUUCCAUCACUGCAUAUAGUUUAUAAUGACUUAAACCCCAUUUAGCUGCAUCAAACUAAAUAUGCCAUGUUAUGGACAAGGAAUACAUUUACACCAGAAGAGCAGGGUGCUCUGGUUAACACUCACCUUGUUUUGCCUGUCAAAUGAGAUGCUUUUCCAAGUAGGGGCCUGUUGUCACGUGCUAUGAACUAUCAGGACCCACAGGUAUGGGCUGAGCUUACAAGAUCAAGGAGUUGUUCAUAAAGUCUUCCUGCCCAGUUGACAUAGGAACUAUCUUCAUUGCAGGGCCCCAUACACUAUACAUGUAAGCUUUAUUUGAAGUGAUCAUUGAAUAAUUUUGGGUUCUAGUAAAAUGUUUAUAAAGCUGUGUACGACUAAAAUGGACAAUAUUUGUUACUGCUUUAGUUAUGAACUAUUUUACAUGACAUUUUUCUGUGUUAAAUUUAUAUUUUUAUCUUGUUGUUAAAUAUUAAGACUUACACAAUUUUUUUUAUAUCAUGAACAUUUUAAAAUAAUAUAUAAUAUUUUAAUUGUUAAUUCCUAAAUUAUCACAUUUAAUUUUUGUAUUUAUACAGAAUUUCAAAUAAAGAAUCACACUUUACUAUAUAGAAUAUAGAUCUGUAUAUUUUUGUAAAUUGAUCAAUGUACAGCCCACAGGGAUGAUCCGAUUUAUAGAUAUUUCUAUAACUAAAAUUCCUAAUAUUUUAACAAAAUUAUCGGCUACAUUAAGUCAGAUGUUAUAUUAAUGAUAAGUUUGUGACUUGCUAUUUAGAGGAUAACUUUUUAGUAUCCUUGCUACAUUUUUUAUUUGAAAGUUUGACUUUGUUUAUAUAAAGAAAUGUGAUUUAAGUGCUAAUAAAAUGAUAAAAUUUUUUUCA